CGAGCAGGUAGUCUCCAUGGCAACCAGCAGGGUCCCUGCGCGGCCCGCCUGUUGCCGCCACCGCCGCCGCGCCGUCCCCGUCAGCAGCCCUACCGCCCCGUGACACGACCUCCACCGCGACCCCGACGCCGGCCCCGGUCCGGCCUCUGCGCGCGAUUCUUCCCGAGGCUGCCCGCGCCCGCCUCCCGACGCCGCCACCUCGGCCUGACUGACCGGGAAGUAGUUCCGGCGGGCCGCCGCUGCCGUGACUCAUCGGCCUGCCCGCGUCCCCGGCGGGCCAUCUUGGUCCCGGCCGGUGCGGCAGACGGAGCCGCGGAGGAAGCCGCAGAGACCCAGGGCCCAGAACAAGCACACCCCCUGUGCCGCCCGCCUUGGCCUGGUGAGGUCGGCCGUGAAGGAGCCGCGUACGCGAGCAGGCACCCCCACGGGCCCGCACCACCUGCCUGCCCCGGCAGUGCUCACCCCUCGGCUCCGUCCGCCCUGCCUUGUUCGGGCUCAGCCUCCAAGUCCGCAGCCCCCCUCCCCGAUUUCUGCGGAGUCUACCCAAUUUCAGCAUCACAGGUGCUCAGGUUCUGGGGUUACCCAGACCCCCUUCUUUCACUCCAUCAGUCUCAGCCUUUGGCUGACCUCUGGCCAACAUGGUCCAACCCCAGACAUCAAAAGCUGAAAGCCCAGCCUCUGCAUCUUCUACCAAUGCCCAAAUGGACGACGUCAUUGACACCCUGACCUCCCUGCGCCUCACCAACUCAGCGCUAAGGCGGGAGGCCUCCACCCUGCGGGCAGAGAAGGCCAAUCUUACCAACAUGCUGGAGAGCGUGAUGGCAGAGCUCACCUUACUGCGCACCAGGGCUCGGAUUCCGGGGGCGCUGCAGAUCACUCCACCUAUCUCCGCGAUUACCUCGAAUGGGACCCGGCCAAUGACCACGCCUCCAACCUCUCUGCCCGAGCCCUUUUCUGGAGACCCAGGCCAGCUGGCGGGUUUCCUGAUGCAGAUGGACAGGUUCAUGAUCUUCCAGGCCUCCCGCUUCCCAGGUGAGGCUGAGCGAGUGGCUUUCCUUGUGUCCCGGCUCACUGGGGAGGCAGAGAAGUGGGCGAUCCCCCACAUGCAACCUGACAGCCCCCUGCGAAACAACUACCAGGGAUUCCUGGCGGAGUUGCGGAGAACCUACAAGUCUCCACUGCGGCACGCGCGGCGUGCCCAAAUCAGGAAGACUGCAGCCUCUAAUCGGGCGGUGCGGGAGCGGCAGAUGCUGGGCCGCCAGCUGGCCGCCUCAGGCUCGGGGCCCUGCCCUGUGCACCCCGCCUCCACUGGGACUAGCCCAGCUCCAACCCUGCCCACCCGAGCACGGAACCUUUAGGAAGCGGCCACCACCCUGGUGGCAUCUACAGCCACCCAGGUAGCACCUGCAGCCACCCAGGUAGCACACACCCUUUGCUGCGCAGAAGAAAUGUCCUUAUAGCAGCAUUGCCCUUGUUUGAAGACGUACCUUCCUGCCUCUUCCAGACCUGUUCCAGAAGGAGUUUUUCCUUGUCACUCCUGGCACCCUGUUUCCACCUUGCUUCCUAGAGUUAUGUGCUUGCUUUGUACCUGCCAUGCAUGUUUCCCCUCUUGCUUGCAACCCCAUGUCUUCCAGUGACCACAGCUCUGCUACUCUGUCCCACUGGCUCCACCACCUGCCCUGGACCCUAGGAGCUGCUCUCUCCCAGCCUGACGAGGUUCACAGAUGGCCCUGCUCCACCUGCUGCAGGCCCCCAUGGCACUUCCCUGCCGGGUUGCCCUGUUCUCAGUGCUGAGGUCACUGGUGACAGAAAGAAGCCACUUGGGCCAGGCUGGUGGCUUGAUGUGGCACCUGGAGAGGGGAGUCUGGUUUCCUGCCCGUAGGCAAUCACCAGCCCUACAAGGGCCUGGAGCAGCAGGCAGGGGCUUUGUUGCCGCUGUCGGUGGCCACGUGAUCAAUGCUGGGAGUGUAGUUCCAGCAUUUCUGGGGGGCAGGCAUUCACUGCACAAGAAUCCACAGUCAGCCUGCCCCGUUGUUGCCACUGGGAAAGACUGGUAACUCAGCUAAAGGGAGAAGCCCCCAGAGGAUGCACUUCCACUAAUGCCUGGCUUUAGCUGUCAGUGUUUUGAUAGUGCCAGGAAUUCUGGGGGUCUGGAGGCUGCCUGCUGCAGAGGUUAUUGUGACUUUGGACCCUGGGCAGUUCUCUCAAGGCAUCACAGGCAGCAUAUUCACAGGCAGCAUAUCCAUCAGGCUGUGAGGCAGGCGCUGGGGGCGCCCUCUGCUACCCUGGACCCCAGUGGGAAGCACCACCAGGAUAAGUGUGCAGUUACCCCCACUUGACUCCAUGUCCCUUUGUGGGCCCAUCUAGCUUGAGGCCCAUUCCGUUCUCCUUUCGGGUGAUGUGUGGCCUUCACCUUAGUCCUUUCAGCCGCCCACAUCCCCUCUGAGUCUCCAGGGCAUCCGCGUAGCAUGCACUCCCUGCGCCUGGCCAUUAGAUGUCCAGCCUUUGUCCAAGAGCACAUGGACUCAGAGCUGGAGACCACCUCCUCUGGCAGGCAUCAUUAUUGCACUUGAGGAUGGGGAGCAUCUGCCUCUGGCCACCCCAGCCAGGGUCUUGGUGGCUUUUGUAAAGGAAAAGAGCUGCAGACUCUCUUGUUCCUGAUGUGGCAACAGUGCAGAGCUGGCACAUGUGUCCUAUUUCUAAGGGUCAGAGCUGUACCCUCGGUGGGGGGUUGUCUUGUGCUUCCUCACAGGGACUCCCAGAAAUCACUUUCUAAGUGAGACUUGGCCAAGCCCGUCAGACUGUGAUGCUCCUGCCACAUUCAAUGCCAAAUGCACUGCAUUAACACGACCACCUGGACCAUGUGGGACACAGGCUACCUUGGGUUUAUCUGCCCCUGUUGUGAAUUGUUCUGGCCUGACUGCAGAAGGACAGCUUCUGCACCUUCCCAAAGUCCUGUGUCUUAGAUAUCCAGAGGUUGGGUCCUGGGGGCCCUCCUCUUCCUAAGAGUUGUGAUGAUGCUGGGGAAAGUGCCUGCAUUCCUUAAGCAACCAUCACCUUGCAAGGGUAGAGAUACUCAGUGGUUGCUGGGGUUCGUGGACCACUGCGCCUGCUCAUUGUAAACUCUUGUUAGCCCAGUUGCCCUGCUGAACAAAUGCCUAGUUACAGGCUUCAGGCCCCCCCUGUAUUCCAGCCAAGGCUGUUCAGGUGGGACCAUGGUGCUCAUUAAGCAUGAAUGGGAGGAGGAUUAACAGUGGGGCCACCAUUCUGGGUGUUUGUGGACCACACUCUGCUCAGUUCUCCUGCCUGCCUGCUAGGGACAGGCGCCCGCAGAUGAUGGGGUACAGUGGUACCUGGGACGUGGAGGCCUGUAGGUUUCCAUGUGGCCCAGCCCAGCCAGGGUAGGGGACCCAGCAUGGGGGUAGGGCAGGAGCUCUGCCAUCUCACCAACUGCUGGGUCUCCCCAGGAGGUUUUUAGAAGCCCUACUGUGUUUGCAUUAGGCACUGUGUUUCACUUGUGCUGCUGCACACACCAGAGCCAGAGCUGUGUAGGCUGGGCUGGUCACGCUGCCUGUCUGUGCCUGUGACUGGCCCUUUGCAUUCAGGUGGCCAUGCUCAUCAGCCUUGGCUGCUGCCCCAGCUUCACCUGGUUUGGUGAUUUCCUUGUGUUUUGACUGUUGGUGCUUAGGUGCUUGUUUGCCGGCUUGGGGCUGGUGCUGUUGUACGUCUGCCAUCUUCCUGCAGCUCUGGAGCCUGGAAUAGAUAAGAGGCUCAGGGGUUGCCCCCAUGUGAGACUCAGAAGAUGCCCCACGUUGGGAGCCCCCUGUGGCUCCAGUGGAAGACACUAGUCCCCAGCUAAAGAGGAUGAGACCCAGGCUCCAUACAGCCCAGAGCGAGACCACAUGACAUGGGAGGGUCAAGCUGAAGAAGGAAGUGGGAUAGGGGAGCUGCUCUGUACAUGUUUUGGGGUUAUAGUUUCUCUAAAUUUAAGAGAACAGGCAUUGGUUUAUAGAAGGGACAGGCAGUAGUGUUAAACAGUGCAUGUGAGGUAAAGUUUGAUGUUUCUGGUGGUGGUGACAUUAUUUGGACUAUAUUGUGACUGUGCAUGAUAACCCACCUGGUAAGUAAGCUUCAUUGCAUAACAGGGCAUCAUUUGAGGUCAGUUUUAGAAUAAGGAGUGACUUCUGGCCUAUUGUGUAGUGUGACCCUGAGAUUAAUUUAAUGUCCUAAAGCAUUUUGGUGAUUUCUAGGGAAAAGCAAGGCCCGCUGCAUGGGUCCCAGGUAAGUGUAUGAGGAGCGGGUGUGGAAGAGUGCAGAGGUGUCCUGUGAAGGUGUGGGUGCACUUGCUGAUGCCUGGGCUUCUGUUGUCGGGAACAGGACCUCCCACCAGACCACCGUCCUGGAGAUGGGCAUUUACUUAGGCUACCUCGAGGGAGCAAGCCCUGCAGCUGUAUAAAAGGACACUGCUGGGCCCACCCACCGGGAGUGGAGUUUUGAGUGGGAAGGGAGAAGAGUUUCUUGUGGGGGUCCCUUCCCCGUGGCAGCCAAGACUGUAAGACUAAGGUACCUCUGCUCGGGAAGCAUUAGGGGUUUAGACACGAAGACACGAGAGAUGGGCUCUGGAGCUGGAAGCGCAAGCUUGCCAGGGCAGGGAGCAGAUCGGGUGUGGGACGGUUCCUUCAUCCGCUGUGAGUGUGGACGGAGCCGAUGACUCCUCACCUCUUGGCGUUGCGGCAUUGGGCCUGGUGGCGGUUGGCGCAGCCUGGACAGAGGAGAUCCUUGCUGGGCAUCACUCCUUUCUGUAGACAGGUGACAAUGCACUAUAUCUUCUCACUAUCAAAGCAAGCCUUUACCUUAGAGACAUACUGGAAGAUAUAGUAGGAUUAAGAGAAAAAAAUAAAACUAAUGUUUUGUUGUCUCCCCCUCCCCCAUGACAGUUUCUUUGCAUUUUGAUUUAGCAUAGUUGUGAUAGUACUUCCUGUACUGAUACAAUAUUGCAUAGCCAUUUUCACUUGCAUCACCAGCAUUCCCUGUGUUAUGACAGUUCCACUUUGAAAUGGUGUGUACAUCUCUGUCCAGUAGGUGAGCAGUAGUGCCAGAGGUUGGUCACUGAUGCCAUCAUGAAUUUUUCACCAUUAGAAAUUGAUGAAUAUCUUCACGCAUAAAACUUUUUCCCAAUGUCACGUUAUUUCCUUAGGAUAGAUUCUCAGAGGUGGGAUUAUUGAAUUAAAGAAUAUGAGAACCUUUGAGGCUGUUAGUACAUGUUGACAAAAUGGUUUCCAGAGAUGUUUGUUACCAUUUACACUGCCACCAGCAAGGAUAAACGUGCCCAUUUUGCCAUUGCUGGGUGUUACCAUCUGGCUAAAUGUUUGCUAAUCUGAUAAUGAAAAAACAGCAUUGUGUUUUAGUUUGCAUUUCUUUGACUUCUAGCAAAGUUGAACAUCCUUUCACAUUAAGCAGUUGUAUUUCCUCUUUUGUGGAUUGUCAGUGUCCUUUGCUCUUCUGGGUCUGAUAAAUUUGUAUGAGCUUGUUAUAUAUUAAAGAUACUAACCUGU